CCUUGAACUCAACUGGCUGUGUUCGCUUGGAUGUUAUAUUCAUUGAUAAUUUCGCGGUAUCAGUGUUUGCCAACUGUGUUCCAUGUCACUGCUGAAUUAGCUCCCAAAUUAUUUUUUUCUCUAUGAGUUAUUUGCAUAAGGCUCAGAAAUGAGUCCUCUGCAAAUAUUUAAGCUGGCUGAAGAAAACAAGAUAGUUUUGUUUACGGAUGAAGUCGAAAAUGCGUUGAAGAACAGCGUUUUGAAAAACCGGAAAGUGUGUGUUAUCUCAGUAGCUGGGAUUUUCAGGCAAGGGAAAUCUUUUGCGCUGAAUUUUUUUCUACAUUUUCUUAAAAAAAAGAUCCAGAAAAUAGAAAAAUGGGUAGAUCCAGACGACAAGCUAUUUCUUGGAUUCUCGUGGAAGUCCACCACAGAAGGAAUCACAGAAGGCAUUCUCAUGUGGCCAGAAAUCUUCCUCACGGAAACCGAAUCAAACGAAGAAAUCGCCAUCAUUCUGAUGGACACUCAAGGUACCGCCGACCACACAACCUCCGGUACUCAAUCCGCAUCCCUCUUCGCUCUCAGCGUUCUCAUAAGCUCGGUCCAAAUUUACAACGUCAAGAACCACCUCAACACAGACCACCUCAAAAACCUACAAGUUUUCACGGGCUACGGAGGCACUUACUGCGAAAACUCGCCCGAAAAACCGUUCCAAAAGCUGGUGAUUUUGGUCAGAGACUGGGAGUACCCGUUCGAGUACGACUAUGGUUUCGAAGGUGGAAAAAUGUUAUUGGAGGCAGUUUUCCGAAAACAUAGAGAGUCGCAGCAGGAGGAGUUGACCACCAUACAGGAAACCAUAGAGGAGAAUUUUGAGCAAGUUGGGUGUUUUUUGAUGCCACAUCCGGGCAAAGAAGUGGCGACGAAUCCAAAUUUUGACGGAAAUUUUGACUGUGUUGAUGAUGAGUUUCUCGGUUGUGUCGAAACGUUCGUCGAAACUAUUUUAGCACCGGAGAAUGUAGUACCGAAGAAGAUCAACGGCGAGUUCGUCACCGUCCAGGGGUUGCUCGAACUCAUAAAAAUGUACGGCAACCACUUCAAAGAAGGGAAGCAACUGAAUGUCAAAACGAUCUAUGCGGCAACUGCUGAAGCUUACCACCAAGAGUGUUUAAACCAAGCUGUGGACGAAUUUUCCAAGCAAGUCGAACAGUGUGACUCUUUUUUGAAAGCAGAUGAAGAAAAAAUGAAAAUUUUGCAAAAUUUUGAAACCAAGGUGUCAAAAAUGGGUACCAAGAAGAUGAUCCGGCGUUGCAAGGAGCGUCUAAAACAAACACUCAAUGGCGUUUUCGAAAAACACAGACCUAGGUUUGAAGAACAAGGUCUUCGCAGUUUCUGCAAGAAAGUGUUUUCGUACACCACUGGUGGUAGUACCAUUGGUGUGGCUGCUGUCGAAGUGACCACUGUGAUCACCGCCGUGGAGGCGACAACCGCCGGCGCUGUGUUGGAGGCGGCGAUUGCGGGCAGCAUUGCCGGUUUGGGGGUUGGUCUGGUUGUUGGGGCCGGGGUGGGUUUGGUCACGUGGGGUCUGGGGAAGUGUGUGAUCGGGGUAAAGAAUUCUCCGAAAACGAAGAAAAUAGUUUCUCAUGCUUCGGAGAACGUUAGGAGAGUUUGGGAGGCUGGUCGGGGGGCGGUGAGUACGAGUUUUGGAAAAUUUUUUAGGGGUAGAGUGGAGGAUGGGGUUUCGAUUGUAGGAGGGUGCUCGGAUGGAGAUGGGGUUGUAGUGAUGGAGGGUGAAGAAAGGGGUCAGGAGAGUGAGGAGGUUGAGGUUAAUGGGGGUGUUACGGAAAAGUGUGAGGUGGGAAGUGAGGCAAAACAUACAGAAGAAAGUGGAGAAGGGGGUAGAAGUCUUAAUUUUGGUAGGGAAUUUGUUAAGUCUGUGGUAGUGGUUGUGUUUGUUGCAAUUGUAGCAGUCUGUGUUACUUUUUUUAAAUUCUAAGAUAUAUGAAAUUUUCGAAAAUGUUUUUUAUAAAAUUUUGUAAAUAAAUUGAAUUCAAUAAAGA